AUGUGGUCGACGGCAGUUCUGUCCAAUGGAUAUGUGGCAAUUUGCUACCUGAUCGCGCACUUGUAUCGUCAAAUCAAUCUUCAAAUCGCAGACUUGGUCCAGAAACUCUGCAAUUUCGGCAGCGAUCACUCCCACUGGAGUUUAAAGUCAACGAAAAAGAAGCAACUCUUUCGACAAAUCGCCACCGAGCUGGACCGACUAGCUUAUCUUCAUCGGGACGUCACCACCGUCGUGCAGUGGUUUGUUAAAAUAUUCGACUUUUCACUGCUGGUGAUGAUCGUUUGGGACUUUUUCAUCGUCAUGUUUGCGAUCUUCUACACGUACACCUCCCUCGUCCAGGACAUCCGGGACAACGUGCGGCCCCCCUGGUCCAAGUACGGCCAGUCGUGCAGCGUUGCCAUCUUUCAGGCGUUCCAGUUCUACUCGAUCGUGUCGGCUUCCGCGCUGGUGACGCACCGGGCGGAAAAAACCGGCCUGGUGCUGAACCGGUUCUUUCGAGCGGAAGUCACCGAGCGGGUCGAGAAGGCGAUUGAGAUGUUCACCAUCGAGUUGCUGCACCAGCCGUACAGCAUUGAGAAUUGUGGAAUGUUCAAGGUGGACUUUACGCUGAUGUAUUCGAUGGUAGCAACAAUUACAAGCUAUCUCAUAAUAAUGAUUCAAUUUCAGCUAUCAGAGUAAUCGCAGUUUUAUU